GUUUCUUCACCAUGAGCCGGAGGAGGAUAUCCUGCAAGGAUCUGGGACACGCUGACUUCCAGGGGUGGUUGUACAAGAAAAAGGAAAAAGGGACCUUCCUCAGCAACAAAUGGAGAAAGUUCUGGGUUGUGCUCAAGGGGGCAUCCCUGUAUUGGUACGGCAAUCAGAUGGCAGAGAAAGCUGACGGAUUCAUCAACUUGCCAGAUUUUGCUGUGGACAGAGCUGCUGAAUGCAAGAAAAAACAUGCUUUUAAGAUCAGCCAUCCACAGAUCAAGACUUUUUAUUUUGCAGCAGAGAAUGUGCAGGAAAUGAACAUGUGGUUAAAUAAGCUUGGGUUAGCUGUAAUCCGUCUUGCAACCACAGGAAAAGAUGAAGAAUGCUACAGUGAAAGUGAGCAUGAGGAUCCUGAAAUAGCUGUGGAGACGCCACCCCCUCCCUACUCUGCUGAGCCUCCAUCGCAUUUGGGUCCACAGGAAGCAUCUUCAUCUUCACUUGUAUUGAGUGAACCAUCCUGCUCUUUUUCUUCCCUGGAGAGUUCAGUCAAGUCACCCAGCAGUUCUUCUUCUUCCACAUCUAAAACAAGCUACCCAGAAAGGCAGUCUUGGCUCGACAUUGUUAACAAUUCCUCUACUUCUAUAGAUGUGGGACAAUCCAUAAUGGUUCAGAUCCACUCACCUGCCCUCCAAGCAGAGGCCUCAGAAAAUGGACUUGUCAAAUCUGACAGUGGGUUUCUGAACUCUUUGUCUAGUGAGGAGACGUCCUCACUCAACAGCAGUUUAGAUCAUCUCUCUGUUCCUGACGACACGAUAGGACUCAAGACACCAGAUAGAGAACAGACAAAAGGUCUUGAAGAUGAUGAAAUGGAAAAGCUUUACAAAUCUCUAGAACAAGCUAGUUUAUCUCCUAUUGGGGAUAGGCGACCUUCAACCAAAAAGGAGUUGAGGAAGUCUUUUGUUAAGCGGAGCAAAAAUCCAUCCAUCAAUGAGAAACUCCACAAAAUCCGGACGUUGAAUAGCACAUUAAAGUGUAAAGAACAUGAUUUAGCGAUGAUUAACCAGUUGCUGGAGGAUCCAAAGUUGACGGCAAAGAAGUAUAGAGAAUGGAAGAGCACAAACAGCUUAUUGGUUCAGGAGAUCUAUCAGCAGCAGAGUGCAAAGAUUGCCACUGAAGGGCUUUAUCUGGAACCAGAGGGACAGCUUUCCUUUACUCGUGUGGAAAGUUCUAUUUGACAUCAAGCCAGAACUCUCUCCCUACCUUAUUUUAUCCCAAGCAACCCUUUAAGCU